GGUGAGGAGUGGGCGCUCGUGAUGACAUAAUAAGACUAUAUUUCUUUUUUCCCUACAUGGUGAACGAGUCGAACACACCUAUAGCAGGCCCGUCUUCUCUUGCUCCUGCUGAAUCAAGCAAAAAAUCAAGAUCCAAGCGAAAGAGAUCGAUAUUCGAGAUUCCAGAGCCAUAUUCAUCGACUUCUUCAACAUAUCAACCUAAACAUUCACGAGAUGACGACCAGCCUAGGCCAAAAUCCAAAAAGAAAAGGUCCAAAGCGAAGGAUAAGAUGAAGGAAAAGCGGAAAGCGGAUGCUGAGGCAGUGGAGAUUGGACCAGCGCUGAACGGGGACGCGUCGUUUGAAUCAGCGACCGAUUUUAUUGCACUGCCCAAUGGCAGUGACGACGAUGAAGAACGUGGCAUUACACGGGAUAGGAAAGGGAAAGGGAAAGAGGGGGACAAUGAAGGAGUCUUUGAAUCAGGUCGGCGGAGUGGGAGAAAACGCAGUCGAAGUAGGAGUUUGGACCGAUACGAUGACAGAGGGAAGGACAAGGUGCGGGAUAGAGACCAGGACAGAGAUAGAGACAAUGGCAGGAAACGUAAAGGUCGAGAAAGAACGCCUGAACGAGAAUGGGACAGAGGCAAACGAAGAGACCAGGAUAGAGAACGGCGGAGAUAUGAUCAGCCCAUUUCUGCCAGCGUCAAGUCAAUCGGGGACAGGAAACUGCCAUGGAUAGACGGAUUAGAUCUCUUUGGUUGCCACAAUGUCGCCGAAUUGUUGCAUAAGGAAGUCGAAGCUUUUACAAAAUGGAUAUCUCCCUCCCCUGUUGAGGAUGAGAUACGAAGCUUGCUAGUCCGGCAGAUUACAUCUGCUAUAACGUCUAGGUAUUUGGACGCUGAUGUAUAUCCUUUCGGGAGUUAUGCUACGAAGCUUUAUUUACCUACAGGUGAUAUCGACUUGGUAGUCAUGUCCGAGACCAUGCGCAUGACUGACAAGCACGUUGUUCUUCGCUCACUCGCGGAGGUGAUCAAACGAAACGGCAUAGCAUCCAAUGUCAGCAUUAUUGCCAAGGCUAAAGUUCCAAUCAUCAAAUUUGUUACAACCCAUGGCCACAUCCCAGUCGAUGUUAGUAUCAACCAAGGAAAUGGAACAGUCGGAGCUGAUGUCGUUAAUGGUUUUCUACGGGACAUGUCAACCAGUACGAAGGUUCUACAGUCAAAUCUUGAGGGAAGUAUUGCUCUUCGUGCUCUUGUCAUGAUUACCAAAAUGUUCUUGAGUCAGCGAAGCAUGAACGAGGUUUAUACCGGUGGCUUAGGGAGCUAUUCCAUUGUUUCGCUGGUGAUCAGUUUCUUGCAGAUGCAUCCAAAAAUCAGAAGAGGAGAAAUCGACGCGGAUCAGAGCCUCGGGGUGAUGUUGAUUGAGUUCUUCGAGCUGUAUGGGUCGUUUUUCAAUUACGAGAAUGUCGGAAUAUCAGUUCGGGAUGGUGGGACGUAUUUUAACAAGAGGCAACGGGGAUGGUACAAUGAUACCUCUAAUUACAAGGGGAAGGGUGGUGCAAGUUCCCUCUCUAUUGAGGAUCCUAUCGACAUUUCGAACGAUAUCUCAUCUGGGUCCUACGGUUUUGCAAAAGUCCGCGCUACCUUUGCUGGUGCUCACCGAAUCCUUACUGCUACCGCAUACCUAAAAGCCGGUAUUCUCAGCGCUCGACAGUCAGGCCGAACAACUAGUCUCCGUCCAGAUGAUUACUACCGCCCGGAGGAGAUGAGCGUGCUAGCCCAUAUUAUCGAUAUUACACAAGAUAUCAUCAACCACCGGAGAGUAGUUCAGGAGGUUUACGAUCGAAGGAUUCUUCAUAAGUUGUUGAACGUCAAACCUAGAAUCAUUGUAGUCACAGACGAUCCUGAGACUAAAGCUCUCGUGAUGUCUAAUGGUCGUCAUACCUCGCAAAUACUGGCCAAAGCUGAACCCGGCGCAACGAACGAAAACCCCAUCGACCUUGAAGAUGGUGAGAUACCGAUGGUAAUUUCCAGCGAGGGCGAUCGACACACAGGAGCAAACGAUGAUGAGGAAAAUGAUCAUAGCAACAACCUUCAUCGAAGACGACGAGACGAACGAUCGGGUUCGGACUCGGAGGACGAUCCGGGGAAGUACGGUAUCAGUGGAAGGCAGCCACCAAAGAAACGAAUGAAAACUGGUGGCGAAAUGGAUAUGCAUACAUUGGUCACCAUUUAUACUACCGACGAUGAGGAGGGGAAUGACACGAGCUCGGAAUCGGAGCUUGACAGCGUUGCGGAGGAAGAGGCAGAGUAUGAUGUCGACGUUAUAGACGCAGAUGCGGGUAUGCAUGUGGACAUGGGCAAGGACGCUGUAGUAUCGGAACCGGUCAACAUGUUGACCAAGGCAGGAAGCAAACCGCUGUCGAACGGCGGUAACGAAAAGAAACGUUCGUACUGGUUGUCCAAAGGAAUAGUUUCUGGGGAUGUCGAUAUAAAAGGCGAAGAUUGACCUUCUGAUUUUAACUUGGCUUUUUGUGUAUCACUCACAUUUGCAUGCUGUAUCGUCUGACGCUGUCUUACUUGCUUUGAACUUUAGAAGUUCGACAAUGUUGUCCCUCCCGAAGCGGGCCGCGCUAUUCAUUCAAUGCUAAUAUUAUUAGUCUCGACAUAUUUUUUACA